AAUGAUGAAUGGGACUGAUUAUUGGUUUGUGCUUUAAGGACAGAGUAGCAGCAGUGAUGCCGGAGACGCCUAUAUAAGAGCCUCCAAGAUGCCACUGAUCGGUCAGUCGUGCCCUUGCGCUUUUCAGCACCUCUCCUCUGGCUGCAUGGUGCAACUUCUGCUGCGCUCUCACAAGCAGACUCACGCGUUCUAAUGCGAAAUCGUAGUAAUCUAGCAGAUUUUUUCUUCCCUUUCCUUGCUUCCUCCUCAGUCAAGACGGAUUUUGACACACAAACUUUCCAAGAGAGGGUCUACAGAGCGCACAGGAUGCUCCAGAGCCUGGGUUGACUCCUUUUUUUCAUACUCACAACUUCACGUGAAGCCAAACGGGAUUUUCUCUCGGUUAGUGUCAGCAAGCAGGUAGCCGAUACUCUGGCAUGGACAAUGGAUGCCCUUAGCUUGUCAGUGAACGCGGUGUCCUACACUGUGGCACCUGUAGUCUCCACUGAUGACCCGUUCAAUGGACCCAUUAAGAACAUCGAGCAGUGGAACUUUACCAUCCUGGCCGUUGUCAUGUUUGUUGUCACCUCGCUGUCUCUGACUGAAAACUUCCUCGUCAUGUUUAUCACUUUCAAGUUCAAGCAGCUCAGACAGCCCCUGAAUUACAUUAUAGUGAAUCUGGCCAUCGCUGACUUUCUUGUCUCUCUCACCGGUGGAGUAAUAAGUUUCCUGACAAACGCCAGGGGCUAUUUCUUCCUUGGGAGGUGGGCUUGCAUCCUGGAGGGGUUUGCUGUUACUUUUUUCGGGAUUGUGGCACUCUGGUCUCUGGCUGUUCUGUCCUUUGAGCGGUUCUUUGUGAUCUGCCGGCCACUGGGGAACAUCCGACUGCAAGCGAAGCAUGCCAUCCUGGGUCUGCUCUUCGUCUGGACCUUCUCCUUCAUCUGGACCUUCCCUCCGGUGCUGGGCUGGAACAGAUACACUGUGAGCAAGAUUGGAACCACCUGUGAGCCUGACUGGUAUUCAACCAACAUGACAGAUCACAGCUACAUCAUCACUUUCUUCACUACCUGUUUCAUUCUGCCUCUUGGGGUGAUAUUCUUCUGCUACGGGAAACUCCUCCGGAAGCUCAGAAAGGUAUCUCAUGGUCGUCUAGCCACCGCCAGGAAGCCCGAGCGACAGGUGACCCGUAUGGUUGUGGUGAUGAUUGUGGCUUUCAUGGUGGGUUGGACGCCGUACGCUGCCUUCUCCAUCCUGGUCACAGCUUAUCCAACCAUUGAACUUGAUCCCCGGCUGGCGUCCAUCCCCGCCUUCUUUUCCAAGACUGCUGCUGUCUACAACCCAAUUAUCUAUGUCUUCAUGAACAAACAGUUCAGGAAGUGUCUCAUCCAGCACUUUACUGGCAAGGGGACCAUCCCAGAGAGCAACCUGAAUCAGACCUCAGGGCGACCUGGAAUUACUUCUGAGAGUCAAACGGGAGAAAUGUCAGCCAUUGCAGCUCGUAUCCCUGUGGGCGGUACCGUGUCGCCUAGAUCUGAUGAUUCACCAACCGACUGUGGCUCGUUCGCUCAGCUUCCCAUCCCGGAGAACAAAGUGUGUCCAAUGUAACAGUAAACCUCAUCCAGUAGGUGUUCCUCUUCCUCGAGAGUGCAUAUUGACCUUCUGUAAUCGACGUACAGUGUGUUUCAGAAAAUCUUUGGACAUCAUUGACGGUUUGUCAAUUUUCUGGGGAGGUAGAGGGUGCAGUGUGAACUUUAAAAGGGUUUCAGAUCUCAGGAUUCUGGAAGAGUAAUUAAGGACAGACACAAAGCAGACAAAAAAGUUUUGUGUUCCAGAAUGUUUCAGCAUUUUAUUCAAUAAUGGAUUAUAAAAGCUCAGUUUAAGGGACAAGAAAGAAAUGUAGUGAAUGAAAUGCUCAGAGCUUUGCCCAGUAGAUAUCUUGUAAAUAUGUGCUUGCUGACACUCGUCCAUCCCAUUGUUCAAGAAUGUCUUGGAUGUUCUCUUGGCCAUCAUCGCACGCCUGGUAGUGUGUCACAUUAGAGGGCAAUUGAUUUAACUUUAUGACAUCUACCUUCGUAUCCCAGUGAAAAAGAGAAUGUAAACAACGUGGACCUUGACAUGAGUUAGUCGAGGGCUAGCCAGUGUUUUUUCAAAUACCACAAGGCACCCAGCCUUUCAUCUCGUCCUCUCCCUCUCCUUUGAAGCCCCAUGAUGAUGCCUGCAGAGAAAGUAUUGUUUUUGUAUGCUGCUUCAGUAUUUGUUUGGCAGCGACUUUUAUUCGUCUCUGCUCGUCAAAAGGACGGAGUCCUCUGAAUUUGGAUAUUUUUACUUUAGUGCAUCCAGCAUAGACUUGCUUAGGUCAAAGCUUUCAUCUUUAGUGAAGAUGGUCAAUGGGACUUAAAAAUGCCCGUCUCUUGUUGUCUCUGUUGCAGAUGUAGGAGGACAAUAUAUUUAUGAAGUGCCAGCAGGAGAUCAACAAACACACAGAUAUUCACACAACUACAAGCAGUACAUAAUACAUGCACCUCACACACAUGUAGAUAUAUACACAGACUGCAGUUCACUGCCUGUUUUGUGAUCAACUCUUUAUAGGCACUGUGACAAUGAUACAAUGCAUAAAUAAACAUCACUAGCACAAGAGUGACUCUGCUAAUUAGCCAUGCACAAAAGCAAUGAGCAUUCCCCUCACAAGCACAGGUCAACAGCAAUAUGAAAGCUAAAUACUGUCACACAUUUGAGCACUUCUGCAUUAGCUACAGUAGAUGUAGCAAUGAGUGUUAAAAUGUCUUCUACUUGACUUUGUUGUGCAUGUUUGUUCAAUAUUACUGGUAUUUGUUGAAACACUGUUGUAUGCUGCACAGUGAUUCACUACAUUACAAAACAGUAAAACUGUAUGGUGUCAGUUUGCAAUGUACCAAGUGUGUGUUUUAGUCAUGUUUAGACAGUCUGGUAGGAGUAACAUCCAGCAUUUUUAAGCAUCAGUGCCGAACUAUUUGUGAUGCCUUGAUAUAAUCAACAGACCAUGAGACCAUGGUGGAGAGAACUGGCAAAUGAGCCUCCGUCUCACACCAGUAUUACCCAGAAUUAAGAACCUUCAUGACGCUUCUGGCUUUGUUGUUGAAAUUUACAGUGUUUUGACAACCCAACUGAAAUCACAGUGCAUCAUCACCACAAUCAACACCUUAAAUCCUCUAGCUCCUUUAGUUUACAGCUGCACAAUUCCUGUAUAGUUCAGUCUCAGUAUUCUCUUUCAUCUCAUUUCAGCAGCAGGAAGCUGAAAAUGUGUCAGUCAACCUACUGCAUGCUCCCUGCCAACCAGUUGGCUCAAAAUAAAAUAAAAUAUGUCAAAUAUGGCCUUAUCACCAGUAAUGAUUACAUUUUCCCAGAGCUGGCCUCUGUUUUUUAUGAUGAUUAUGCCAACUACUCAACACUGCUUAAUUUAUUGGUGUUAAAAUGUUCAAGCCAUAUCUGAGGUCUGUCAAAAUUUACUAUUUGUGUCAAUUACAAUACGGUCCUGUCAUAUAGCAAUAUGUUUCCCUCCUUUUGUAUGUGUGUGUUGGCAUUUUGAAUUUUACAUUCAAGAACUUCAAAAUUGGUUUUCAAAUGGGCCUGUAUAGCAGUCUCAAGGGGAGAAAAACACAAUUAUGAUGUGGGGUGUAGCAGAUCAAGUACAAAAAUCAGACUGUUUGGUUCGCUAUUCACGCUUGGGGGCACGUACACUAGCGUUUAAAAGUUUGGGGUUACUCAGAAAUGUCCUUAUUUUUGAAAGAAAAGCAUUUUUUCCCAAUGAAGAUUGCAUUAAAUUAAUCAGAAGUACAGCCCAGAUAUUGUUAAUGAGGUAAAUGACUAUUUUUGCUGGAAACAGCUGAUUUUUAAUGGAAUAUCUACAUAGGGGUACAGAGGAACAUUUCCAGCAACCAUCACUCCUGUGUUCUAAUGCUACAUUGUGUAGGCUAAUGGUGAUGAAAGGUUAAAUGAUGAUUUAAAAAAACCCUUGUGCAAUUAUGUUAGCACAUGAAUACAAGUGUGAGAAAUUGUCUGGGUGACCCUAAACUUUUGAACAGUAGUGUGUAUAUGUAGUUAAUUAGGAACAGUUUUUUAUGAGUCAUGUGCAAAACAUGCCACAGUGACCCAGUGAAACUUCUCAGUUUGCACCAUAGAAGUGCUGAGUUCAGCUGUCAGUCAGUAUUAGAAAUGACAAGUUGACAAAUCAGUUAGAUGAUCUGCCAGCAUCAUUUCAGUCUGUCAUAUGGGAGGAUUACAGAGUGAGUGUGUUACCUAUGACAGGGCUUAAAGUUUUCCGGCGCCGCGCCGGAUUUCCGGCGCAUGGAAGUGUACCAUUUAAAAAAGUUCAUCCAUCUCCAUCCCGAAGGCUCCAAGCAUGUGCGUCAUUGUGCAUUCAGUUGCUCCGCUUUAAUCAAUCAAACUCCAAAUCCUACAUUAAAAAAUAUACACCUUCUGUCCAGGCAUGCGACUUUCUGAUAGAACUUUUAUCUAAUUACAGUUUUCUAACUGCCAGUGCGCGUCGACUGCUGGGCGCACGAUAUGCCGCGCCCUCUUGGUUCGGCAUCGUCAGUGCUACUGAGCCACUGAUAAGAAAUAACAGUAUCUCACAAACAAAAUCCAAAUUUGCAAUAUUUGUUGGUGUUUUUUGUAAUUAUAUUUAAAGGGAAUUACUGGAAACAAAUUGAUAUAUAUUGCAUAUUAUUUAUUUUAUUUCUGCUUGGACUGUAUACCCAUUCCACACGUGUCCCAGCCCUGUGGCUGCCUGGUGUCUCCAGAGCGCACGGAGCUCCAAUCUGUGAGCGGUGCGGUGAAGAAUGGAGCAGCUGAUCACUGGUCAAUAGCGUUGGAGCUUGUGUUUCGCCCAAAGACGCAGAUACUAAAGUUUGCGCAGACUUUGUGUGACAGAGGAGAGAGGAUGUGUCUCUGCUGAUUAACAAAGAGAGCAGCCGCUGCCACGAUCCCUGAGCCGUGGUGUGUUGACUCGCCCCAUUGGCGUAAGUGCGUCAGUGGCGAUGCGCGUGCACCCCCCACAGUCCCAUGGUUUCGCCACAAAAUAAAAACAAACGGGCUUAUGUAUUGAAUUAAAAAAAGUAACAAAAACAGAAGGUGUUGAUUUUGUUUGAUUUCUUAAUCUUUAAACAUUUUCUAUGUGUUUUACAACAGCAAAAGGAAAAAAGGAAACAGCUAUUUAGUUUGCUGGAAUUUAUUUUGAAAGGGAAAAAAAUCAAAGAUCAAGCCAUACGGAUUUGUCCCAUUAUUCUACUCAGAACAUAUGUUUAGUUAAAUAUGCACAAACUGAAUGUAACUUAGGUGAUAUUAACCUUUUUUAUUUGAGGACAUAUAGGAUGUUUGUAACAAUGAGUUAAAUAGCUCUCAGCAGAUUUUGUGACCUUAUGCAUCUGAAUGAUGUCUAGCCACAAACAAAAAAUCUCCAAUCUUAAGCAAAUAUUAUUAGUAAAAAUAGAACGAACGUAUGGGUUGUGUGAAAUGAAUAAUGGAUAGAUAGUUAAAUAAGAAUGUUCUUAGCCUGCUUUUCACCGUUUUUUCUUCCUAAAAUAUAGAUAAAAAAUAGAAACAUUUAAAUUCAGUUAGUUUUGUAGCAGUUUUGUUGUGGUUGGUGUUGUUUUGAGUUCUUGUUAAAUCUACUGAAGAGAUAAAAAAAAUAUUAAAAGUUAUUAAUAAUACAUGUACUUGAUUUUCAUGAUUUUUUCCCCUUUACACUAAAAUAAAUCUUUGCAAUUAUAGUGAUGUGGUAUUGAAACAUCAACACACACAAAAAAUCAGACUUGGGGCACUUUCUAAAAUGCCUUAGGUUUUGGCCAAGUAAGGUUUUACAUUUGAGCAACAAUAAAAUAGUGGGAUCAUGAUGGGCAUUAUUUCCACCAGAUGACCUCAUAUUUGCUCUGAAUUAAUAGAAUCUCAUAUAUAUUGUGUUUUAGUGAGUUUUAAAAUACGUUUAAAUACGUUUAUUGACACUAUAAAUUGGAUCUUAGAAGUUCAGGCUCAGGAUUUUUCUCACUUUAAGCCCUGCUAUGAUAAUGAGAGAAUUAAGAGGUGAACUGUGUGCAAGUACUGUGCAACCCCAGUAGCAAAUAUUAGUUGCAAUGCUUUCAAUGCGAUGAACCAUUUAGGAAGAUAUCACCUGAGUGUAACAGUUAAAGAAAGAGAGUCACAUAGGAAAGAGUAACAACCUCUCUGACUGUCAUUAAUGCAAGACAACACUGUCCCCCUAAAAAUACAACGAGGAAUAGUCAAAGAACACUCCAACUGUUCUUGCUUUUAAACAUUGACUCUUUAAUGUCAAAGUGAAAACUAAUUUCAGUUUCAAAGUCACAUCACUUAAUAUAAUGUUAACACAGUGAUUUCAUAACUAUUCACCCCUUCAAGUCAGUAUUUACUAGAUGUGUCUUUGCCUGUAGUUACAGCAUCAGGCCUGUAUGGAUAUGUCUCAAUCAGCCUUGCACAUCGGGACACUACAAUUUUAUUUCAUUCUUCUUUGUAAAAAUUAGGGCUGGAUCCGAAUAUCCGUUCGGUACAUCAGUAUCCGGAUAUUAAUUUUGGUAUCCGAAUAUUCGGCCCGCCCCCGGUCGGACGUUACUGGGCGGAACGAAUAUUUGGCGUUACUGUCUGCCCUCCGCCUUCGGCCCACAGCGGCUCAUAUCGGCUCAUAUCGGCUCAUAUCGGCUCAUCCUGUCGUGUGAUCACAUGAACAGAUACACAUAUGUCUAUGACAUAUACACAUAUGUCUAUGUGAUCACCCCCUCCUCCCCCCAGACGAAAAUACGAAUAUUCGGAGCUCGUCUCUUCCAUGCGCCUUCGGUCCACUUCGACUCAUUCCGCCCUGUUCGGCUCAUCUCGGCUCAUCCAUUCAUGUUUGUUACCACCACCCGAAGGGCCGGAUGGCUGCCGACUCUGACGUCACACUUCACUUUGUUGCAUAAACACAAGACAAGAUGCCAAAGACCUCCGCUGUUUGGGAAUUCUUCAGUUUAACUGAAGACAAAACGAAGGCAGUGUGCAAAAUGAAGUGUGCAAACCACUAUUCGGGCCAGCUCUAGUAAAUUGCUCAAGCUUUGUCAGGUUGCCUAGAGAUUAUGAAUGAACAGCCCUUUUUAAGUGGAGCUACAAAUGCUCAAUUAGUUUGACGUCUUGGCUCUGACUUGUCCACUCAAGAACAUUCUUCUGUUGUCUUUAAACCAUUUGUACGUACCAGGCUGUAUGCCGUGCAUUAAUGUCUGUCUCCUCGCACUUCUCUAGCAGACAUCGUCAGGCUGUCCUUCAGCAUUUCUCUGUACAUAACAUUUCCCUAUAGUGCAUUCAUUUUACCCUCUGUCUUUAGAAGCUUUCCACUGCUGACCCAUCAUGAUGCUGCCACCACCAUGCUUAAUAGUGUGAAUGGUCAAUUGUGAUGAUGUGCAGUGUUUGAUGUCUGUUCAACAUUUGACCUAGCCCGAUGGCUAAAAAAGCAAAAUUUUGGUCUCAUCAGACCAAAUAACUUUCUUUAAGUUCUCUCCCAUAAAGCUUUGACUAAUGAAGAACCCACGUAACAGUUGUUGUAUGAACAGUCUCUCCCAUCUCAGUCACUGAAGCGCAGAGCUCCUUCAGAAGACUCAUAGGAGUAUCUUUCUUGUACAAUUGCUCAGUUUGUAAGAACACCCUCCUCAAGGGAGAUGUACACAGUGCUGAACUCUGUCCAUUUCCUAAUGAUGGAAUUAACAGUAUUCAAAGGGACAUUCUGGAAUUUGGAUAUUUUCUUAUAUCAUUCCCUGACUUAUGCGUUUCAGUAACCUUUUGCAGAGCUUGGAGUGUUCUUUUGUCUUCAUGGUGUGGUUAUAUCCAGGAGUACUGAUUCUGAGACUGGACCUUCCAGAUACACGGAGUCUUUUUACUCCAAUCACUUUGACUGCCUUAAGAUGAUCUCUAUUUAACUAAUUUACUUUUUUGCCCCUAUAUUUAGUGACCUCUAAAUAGUCUCAGAGGUCCAUUAUUGCCCCAUUUAUUAGUGAAGUAGCUACAAUUUAGCACUUGGAAAGAGGAACAAAGCCAAAUUUGGAAGGUGGAGAUAAUGAAGGAGGUGUAAAUCAGCAGACAUUCCGCCUAAGAGACUUGAGUUUAAGUCCCAUAGUUCUGACUUUAUCUUUUAUUUCACGUUUUGACUCAAAACUGCUUGGUCAGGUUAAGGAAAGGACACCACAGCUCCACUCAUGUCCAUUACCAUAUGUCACAAAACUAGUGCACUGAUUUACACAACUUCUAACUUUCUGUAUAUCAUGGAUUAAAAUGGAUGAUAACCGCCUACUGAGCCUACUACAGGAUGAUAGAGGUCCCGACUGGUCUGUAUGUAUUAUAGUGAUGUGCACUAAUAAUAGGCAGUUUGAUAGGCUGAGAAUGUCCAAACUGCCAUAUAAUUGGAAAUUCUCUCCUGCUCCAAAACAGUGACUGCAAUACUGUCACGUGGACUGAACUGGGACUUUUGCGAACUGUUACACUUUAAAUCAUCCCCUGAUUGAUACCUGAUUAUACACUACGGUUCAAAGGUUUGGGGUCACUUAGAAAUGUAUUUUUUUAUCAAAGAAAAGCAGUGUUUUUCAAUGAAGAUAUUAUUAAAUUAAUCAGAAAUAAAGUCCAGACAUUGUUAAUGUAGUAAACAACUAUUCUAGAUGGAAAUGGCUGAUUUUUAAUGGAAUAUCUCCAUAGGGGUACAGAGGAACAUUUCCAGCAACCAUCACUCCUGUGCUCUAAUGCUACAUUGUGUUAGCUAAUCGUGUUGAAAGGCUAAGUGAUGAUUAGAAAACUCUUGUGCAGUUAUGCUAGAACAUGAAUAAAGUGUGAGUUUUCAUGGAAAACAUGAAAUUGCCUGGGUGACCCCAAACUCUUGAACAGUAGUGUAAAUUUACACAAUUUGCAUGCUCUCCUCUUGGUUUCCAGAGUGAAAUAUUUUCAAAAUAUUCUUAAAAUUAGCCAGAUUUAGAAACUGACAGUGCAGUAUUGCUUGAAUGUUUGUGCACUGCGGUAGGGUCAAACAACUAAUGGCAUGUCAUAGAUGUAUAACAUUACAUAGUCUGGGAAUAGCUCAGAUUUUAUGACAUAUGGUGGUGUAAGUUUUUUACUAGAAAGGUACAUUUAUGUGUGGACAGGAACUCCCAGAUCUCCCAGUGGAGCUUCAUGUGGACGUAGCAGACACACAGAUAAAAAGAUGUUAGUCAUUACAUCAUAGUCCAGCUUUCAGUGUGGGCAUUGAUCACUGUGUGUAAAGAUACCAGUUUAUACCAGCAAACAAAAUAUUUCCGAGAUACUGAGAUGUCAAACACUCCAACAGCAGCAGUUUCAACUUUCUUUCUUUUUAAAUGUGUGUUGUGGCUUGAAAUGUUUGUUGAUUGCUCAUAUCUGGAUGACCGUGUGGCCGUGUAUCAGCAGCACAGCUGGUCAGUGACUCAUACUACCUGUGUCAGAAAAAACGUUCUAUUUAAGUGUCACAGCCCACUGUUGCCAGUACCAAUAGGUAUUCUUAAACGUUUCCCUGCUGACACACAAACACACACAGACCCAUCAACAGGAGUAGAUACAGUAGGUGUGUAGGGGCUUUUCUAUGUAGCGACUUCACCUUGAAGACCAGACAGGAUAUAAAUCAAACCAACCUGCCAGUGUUACAUUUUGGUGCAAAGAUUACAGACUGCACUACAUGCUGAUAAGGGGAGGAAGCACUCCCAACAAGUAUAGAUGGGUUCAAACUCUCAUUUCUCACCUCCCCACCCUCAAUAUCAGGUCCCUACACCUGUUUGUUGUCUUGUACUUACAAAGGCAUGUCAAGACUUGUUCUGCUGUGUGUUUUUUGUGUCAUGACUAGUAUUGUCUGAGUUGGAUUUACAUGGGUUUACAGGUCAUAGAUGCACGCUGGUUAUAAAAUGUCUGCAUUAAAGUAUAUUUUUGGAAAAGC